GUUAAUUUUUUACGGUUCUCACCAAUAGAUAUUCUAAGUAAAGUUUAGGUGUAGUUUAUUAUGCUAUAGCGAAGUCAAAGCCAGGGCGGGCCGCUAGUGAAGGAAAUAAGAACACGCAUUAGAUCAAACACCGAAAGAAUAAAUAAAACCUUCUUGACAAACCGAAACGACACAGUAAAGGUUUGCUGUUUGCUACGUUACCUGCUUAAGGGAAAUACGUACUCGAUUCGUACCUAUAAAUCAGUAGUUUUUGAUAUCAUAGUAGCAAUACACAAUGAUAGUUUUAUUACUAGUGUCUUUAAUAGCAAUUAUCAUCUACUGGAAAUAUCGCAGGGAUCGGAAGCACCUGUACGAGUUGUCCAAUAUCCUUGCUGGACCUGGAUGUGUGCCUGUUUUAGGCCACUCUCAUUGGUUCAUUGGUAGUCCUGAAAGAAUUUUAAAAAAUAUCGACACACUGUCACAACUAGGUGAACAGUGUCCAGGAGGAGUUUGCAAAGUCUGGAUCGGACCAUCAUUGUACAUUUUGGUUACCAAUCCGGAAGAUGUACAGAUAGUUCUAGAUAACUGUUUGGAAAAGGACCACGCAUACAAAUUUUUGCAAGCAUGGCUGGGAAAUGGAUUGUUUGUUGCUCCAGUGGAUUUGUGGAAAUCUCACCGGCGAGUGAUCCUCCCCAUAUUUCAAAAUCGUUUGAUUGAAGAUUUCAUUGAAGUCUUCGGAGAGCAGGGUUCGAUUCUCGUGAAGCGACUUGAGAAUGAAGUGGGGAAACCGGAGUUUGAUGUAUUCAAAUAUAUAACGUCCUGUAUGCUGGAUAUUGUAUUUGAGACAGCAAUGGGCGAGCGUAUGGACGUCCAACACAACCCGGACACACGGUACAUGUGCGCGCGCAACGCCGUCAUGUCCAUUAUCAACAUGAGACUCUUCAAGCCCUGGAUGCAACCAGACGCUCUUUUCAAUCUGACUAAACAAUCCAAAAUACAGAAAGACAAUAUCGACAUAACACAUAAAUUUACAGAUGAGGUAGUCAUGAGGAAAAGGAAAGAUCAUGAAAAUGGCAAAAUUAAUGAAGGACGCAAAGAUCUACUAGAACUGCUCCUAACAAGAGACAUGAAGUUGACCAAUGAAGAGUUACGGGAGCACAUUGACUCCAUCACGAUCGCUGGUAACGACACGACGGCGCUCGUCGUGUCGUACGCUCUGCAGCUGCUGGGCCACCAUCAGGCAGAACAGGAACUCGUUCAUAAAGAAUUACAAAACAUUUUUGGGGAUUCUUCGAGACAACCAAAUAAAGAGGACUUGAUGAAGAUGGAAUACUUAGAGAGAGUGAUCAAGGAGACCAUGCGGCUAUUUACGGUGGUGCCUCUGAUAGCUAGGCGAACUCAGAAGGAAGUCAAACUAUCGUCACUGUCAGUGCCUGCGGGCGUGGGGUGCGCGGUAGUGCCGCGGGCGCUGCACCGCUCGGCGCGGCUGUGGGGCGCCGACGCCGGCCGCUUCAACCCCGACCGUUUCCGACCGGAACACUCCGCUCGCAGGCACCCCUGCGCCUUCAUACCCUUUAGCUACGGCGCCAGGAACUGUAUUGGUCGCCAUUUCGGAAUGCUGGUGAUGAAGAGUAUUCUGGCCAACGUCCUGAGGUCGUACAAAGUGAAGUCCUCUGCUUGCGGCAAACUCAAAAUUGAAAUCCUCCUUUUUCCAGUUUCGGGACAUUUAAUUACUUUAGAAAAACGUGAAAUGAGAACGUAAAUUGUAAAAAGAUAAAUAAAUAACUCCUAAAAUAAAAUUAUCAAACGAAACUUGUAUUUUUCUUUGAAUGUACUCGUUGUUACAGCAUGCCACAUUAUGACUUCUAGAUAGUACCCCGUCACAGAAUUGUAAAAAAAUACAUUUCUCAAAAGAUCUAGACAAUGGAUUGAUUAGUUUUGAAAAUAUGAAAAAAGUGACUGAAAUACUCGGUACGUAUCUCACUGAUGAGGAGAUCGACGAGAUGAUAGACGACGCUGAUAAAGACUUCGACGGCUUUAUUAAUGUGCAAGAAUUCAUGAGAAUGAUUAAGAAUAGUGUUCAUAUUGUUACUCCACAAGUUUAGUGUUGUAACUUUACUUACCUACUACUACUUUACCGCUACUCUACUUUAAUUUAUUUGAGUUUAAAUAAAUAUUAACGUAAAUAUUGGAUAUA